CCGCGAUUGGUGCUCGGCUCAGGUAGAACCAGUCUACGCGGCCCCUUCAUACGUCCGCGCCGCAAAGAAAAUUGAGGCUACGAGUUACCUGGACGACAAAAUCGCUCGAAAACUUAUUCGGCGACUGUUAAACCCGUCAAAUGCGUAGAAGGCUGUGAGUUGGUUCGAACAAGGUGGUGCGUACCUGCCCGAAAUCGGGAUCUAGUGUGUCGUGUGCAGUGCAGUGCCCGAAGUACCCAAAAACGAGCCCGGUUGUGAUUUUCGCGAGUUUAGGUUAGGGCGAAUGUCGCACAUUUCUCCGUCUGUGAUAGCAUCGGCCGAGAUAAGAGAUAAGAGCUGCGGUGCCCGAUUCCGACGAGACACGCCAGAGCUGCCCGAAAUCCAACAGGUGUCACGUGGCAACAUGUCGGGCCGCUGUUUAUAGGCACAGCCAGCAUGAUGUGUGUUGAUGGCGCUUGAGAAGUAGGAACAAAUGAGCAUUAAAGGCCUUAACAUGAUCGGGCCCCACCAUGUUUGCGUCCUGUACGUGGCCACCGCGGGCCUGCAGGGCUCCCUCAUGGGCUCCGACGAGCAGGAGGUCGUCCUACUCAUCUAUGUCAUCGUCGACGUGCUGCAGAACAAGAUCGUGGGCGUCCAGCAGUACCCAAUCAGGCCGCAAACCGCCGACAUCAACGAAAACAUCCUCUCCGAGCAGCUCACCUCCGAGUCGGUCCUCACCGACGAGCUCAUCAAAUCCACCGGGAGGCAGCUCGAGGACGCCCUCAACGAGUUCGACGCGUACUGCGGCGGCCUGCACGUCGACCCGCACAGUGCCGGCUUCAGGUUUGUGACCGACGGACAGUUACCGCUGAGGCAAUGUCUCUAUCCGGAAGCAUGUAGGAAGGAAAUUGAUCUGCCGCGUUACUAUAGCACGUUCCAUGACCUCAGGAAAGAAGUCGCGAGGUUCGCGAGGAAGGCGGACGAGGUGCCACAGAGUGUAGCUGAUAUGUUAGAAUAUUUAGAAAUUAAACCCGAGGCUGAAAAUGAAUUUUACAAGAGAGAAGCUAAAGAUAUGGUCAAUGUUGUACAAAGGCUGAUUGGAGAAGGGUACAGGUUCGAGGUGCUCGAAACGGUGAAUCUGACGCUGGAACCGGGAAUAUGUUCCAAAGACGAUGAGAUAGACAGCAACUGCGUGGUGAGGGCUAGAGGACUUCCUUGGCAGAGCAGCGAUCAGGACAUCGCUAAGUUCUUCAGCGGACUAAAUGUCGCCAAGGGCGGCGUAGCUCUGUGCUUGUCGCCGCAAGGGAGACGGAACGGAGAAGCUUUAAUCAAGUUCGAGAGCCAAGAGCACAGGGACAUGGCGCUGAAGAGGCACAAGCACCACAUCGGCCAGCGCUACAUCGAGGUGUACAGGGCCUCCGGCGAGGACUUCCUGUCGGUGGCCGGGGGCAAGAGCUCCGAAGCCCAGGCCUUCCUGUCCAGAGGCGCCGCCGUCAUCGUGCGGAUGAGGGGGCUGCCGUACGACUGCACCGCCAAACAAGUCUUGGACUUCUUCGCCUCGGGCGAAAACUCGUGUACGGUCCUGGACGGCGCCGACGGCGUGCUUUUCGUCAGGAAGCCGGAUGGAAGAGCCACUGGCGACGCUUUCGUGCUUUUUGCGAACGAAGCCGACGCCCCCAAAGCUCUCUCGAAACAUAGGGAAUGUAUAGGUUCUAGGUAUAUCGAAUUGUUUAGGUCUACGACGGCCGAGGUGCAACAGGUACUUAACAGGUCGCUGGAAUCGCGAACUUACGAACCCGAACCUUUGCCGCCUUUAAUACCACACAUGCCUUUAUUGCCUCAACAUUAUAUUACGUCUGGGACCAAAAAAGAAUGUAUUAGGUUAAGAGGACUGCCGUACGAAGCUCAAGUCGAACAUAUUUUAGAGUUUCUAGGAGAUUAUGCCAAAAAUAUUAUUUUCCAAGGGGUUCACAUGGUGUACAAUGCCCAGGGCCAGCCCAGCGGCGAGGCCUUCAUCCAGAUGGACUCCGAGCAAUCCGCGUACACCACCGCCCAGCAGAAGCACCACCGCUACAUGAUCUUCGGCAAGAAGCAGCGCUACAUCGAAGUGUUCCAGUGCUCGGGCGAGGACAUGAAUCUCGUGCUGACCGGCGGCAUCCCCGCCCCCGUCUCCCCCGCGAAGGCCACCCCCGCGCUGCUCAGUCCCGGUAUGUUACCUUCAAUAGCAGCGCCUCUUCCACCUACUAAUAUCCCCCCGCCGCCUCCGCCAAACACCUCCGCGGUCGGUCAAAUAUCCCAAAACAUGAGCGGCCCGCUGAGCUGGGACAACCCGGCCGUGUUCGCCCAGCAGCAGGCCCAGAUCAUAGCCCAGCAGAACCUGCUGGCGCGCCAGUCGCAGGCGCAGGCCCAGAACGAGAUGCUGCUGAUGAACCAGAUCGCGCAGCACAACCUCGCCGUGCUGAACCAGAACGUGGGCCCGGUGUCGCCCACGGCGGGCUCGUCGGCGCUCCAGGGCUCGGUGCUGAAGAACGCGCCGAUGCCGAUGCACCUGUUGUCGCAGCCGCCGUUCGUGGUCAUCCCGCCGCGGAUGGCGCCGCUGGGGCUGCCGAGGCCCCAGAUCGCUUACCCGCCGCACUUGCUCCCGGGCGCCGGGCCCGGGGUCAUCCCCAUGAUGCAGCACGUGGCGAUGAAGCGCACCUACGGGGACGCGUUCAACGAGCAGGCGGCGCCGGCCAAAAGGGCCUUCCAUGCGCAGGGCACGCUGCCGGUGUACCAGCAUUUCUACCCGAACAUGUAGAUAAGGGUGUAUAUAGUUGAUAUUUAGUGAUAUUAGAUGGAACUUAAGUGCCUUACGAUGACAAAUAAUUAUUAAGGGCGAAAGUCUCCCGAAUUUGACGUUUCAUUAACGUAUAGAUAUUUUCUAGAAAAUAUUUUCUAAAGUGGUACUUUCGUGCUUCUCGGCCUCGGAGCACGACUUAAAAACAACUUUAGCGCUAAGUUUUGUAAAAUAUUUUUCUAUUGCUCAUGCAUAUUUUUGUAAAAUAUAUACAUAUUAUACACCGAGUAGGUUUAGCAGAAAAGAGCAAGUGUUUGUACAUAAAAUUUGGAUUAAAUAAAUUCUCAACUACAAGGAAAUAACUUAGUUUAAAAUCAGACUUGAAACUUUGUUAGAUUGUGUGCAUAAGUGGCAGUGGAAUUUGGACUCUAUUGUCUGCAAGUAAUGAUUGCUCUUCCCCCAGCGGACUGCACACUAGAUCGAAUAAUUGUAACAAUUAAAAUAUUUUGUAAAACAAAAUAAUUUUGAAACUUGCAAAUUAUAUUAAAACUCUGACAUAGAAUUCCGUUUUUUCGUUGAAGCAGGGUGUGAUUUUUAUCUUUAGUCACUGCAGACUUGACCAAUAAUACUAUACUAUACCAAGUACUUAAGUAGGCAGUUGAUUUCAAGUUGUCAAAAGUCAAUUAGUAAUUAUUAUUGUUAAAUUUAAUACUCUGGUAAACUAUAAAUUAACGUUUUGUAAGAUAUUUUUCUUUAUUUGUAUAAACGUAUAUUUAUUGACGUCACACGGUUGCGUCACUUCGAAUUUCGACCAAUUAAAAUCGUAGGAACCUUCAAAUUCAAACAACUAAUUGCAAUCUCAUUAAAACUUGUAGCAGUAUCUAUUUUCCUGUGUUGAUUAUUCAAAUAACGUGUUGAUUGCUUUGGAAUUUAUAUGACACAUUAAAUAAAUAUUUUUCCGAGGACACGAAGCCUCCGAAUUGGUUGAAAUUUGAAAAGUGGCGCCAAAACAGUGAGUCGGCAUCCUAAAAAUGAACUUAAUAGAACCGAAAUAGUUAACAAGAGAAGAAAUUUAAAUAAAAUUAACUGUUAACAAAAUAUUUUCGACAGCAAAAUAAUUUUGAAACGUAAUUUUAGUCAAAAGAACUUCGUGCAGCAGUGUUAAUAUGGAUAAAUAAUACUAGAGAAGUACUUAAGUUUAUUCACUUGAUAAGUCAGUUGAUUUCAAGUUAGUCACUCAAGAACGACAUUAGUCGUUGCAAUUUAGUAAUAUUGUUAAAUUUAAUACUCUUUAGUAAAAAAAAAACUAAAAAAUAACGUUUUGUUAAGAUAUUUCUCUUUAUAUUUAUAAACGGUGUUAUUUUGGUUAAGUGUGAAUCGUUAAUUCACAGUUAAUUUAGUAGGGUUGACGUACACGUUUGAGUAAUUUUUGACUAAUUAAAACGAAACUUUCGGAUUUGUCAAAAUUUGAAAAGUGCGCCAAAAGUGUGACGUCAGCCCCAUUAUUUUUCUACCUUUUGGAGCUCAAACUACUAAAUAUCGAUCGAAGACUAGAUAAUUGAACGUGUACUAACCAAAUUACUUAUAAAUUUAGUAGAUUUGCUUAAGAUUAUCGUUUAAAAAAUGGCGCUUCGGGCCUGCUGGUGGCGUCGCGAUUUAGUGGCGCUUUGGGAUAUUUGACGCGCCGCCGAGCGCACUGUUGACGGUGUUGGACCAUUCCGCUGCAGCUAUUACAAAGACUGUGUAUAAAGAGAAUAACCAUUGUGAUUUCGAGACAUUCCACUUUUUUAUUGUUAUACAUAUCUUGUUGAUAUUUAGAUGCAUUUUCGUGAAGCGAGAUAUUUUUCGAUGAUUCUUUACAUGUGUAAGACAGCUUUUGUCGUAACAAAAAUGUCCGCAACUAAUAUAAUACUGGAUUGGGUACUUGUUGAGAUGGUAUAGGACAAUGUAUGCAGGCAGAAGCAAGUCGAGUCGGGCUUGCUUCUGGCCGCGCUCUGCGCGUCCAUGUUGUGUUGAUAGAUGGCGUUGGGAGUUUUGGAUCCGAGUAACGUAUGAGUUACUUAUUGUACAAACUGAUGCAUACAAGUUUAUAAUAUUGGGUUUUUAAUUUUUAUUUAGAUUAUAGAAUUUUUUGAGGGGGGCGGCGUGGAGAGCGGGCAGCGGUCCACGCCGCCGCCGUUGUAGGUUAGUGUAAGCCUUGCAUUUCCUAAGCUUUCGCUAGAUUUUGAACAUGUCUUGGUGUGUGUGCUUUGAUGUGGCUGCAUUUGACUCGGUGAUUGGUAGUGGUGUGGGUCAGUGGUGCCAACUGUCGGGUCAGAGUUAGAGUGCAGCCGUCAAAGCGAUGGUUGAGUGGGUGGACUAACAACUUCUACGAAUUCUUGGCCCUUGUUAGGCUUCAUCUCUACUAACAGUACACGAGUCGGUUACUAGCAUGUGCUACACCCGGGAGGCCACGACGCGUUCCAUGUCUAGCGAAAGUCGCCAAGGAAGUGAUAAUAUAACUCUACGACCACUUAUAUUUCUGUACUGUAUGCAGCUCUUUACUUCAUUACAAUAUGUUCUAAUUAUUUACACUUAAUUAAUAAAUGUUUGUCACAAUAA